AACUUUGCAACCAGUUAUAUUGGCUAUACCUCUGAAAGGACAGCGCCACAGUUUUGAAAUCAAAGUUAGAGUUACGCGAAGCUUGACUUUCUGUGGAGCACCUGAAGGCAGCUCCAUGGCUCCGCCCCUCUGCCAGACAUGCACGUUACAGUAGUCUCUCAUUUUCUCACCCGUCUCUGUUUAUAUUUCCCUCCAAACCAAGUGAUUUAUUUCAGGUGAAUUUUCAGCUCACAGCAGGACAAACAGGACGACAUUAUCACCUCCACUUUUAUCCGCUGGACUCUCUUAAAGGUUUGAAGAGAUGUCAUCUGUUUGGCAUCAGGAGCCGUCAUGUUAUUCGCCCUGUGUAGAAAUCGACUCCAGCUCCGUGAGGACCAAAGAGCGCCUCAGCUCUCCUGCUUGGCUAAAGCAGGAGCAAGAUGACCUUCGUAUCAUUAAGUGGGAGAAUUUUCAAACGGGAGCAUCAGCAGAUGCUGUUCAGGACAACACACCCAGCAGUGCCAUGUCUGCUGCUUCCCAAGUAGAGGGUCUUCCCCCGAGGGUGCUGCUGACCAUCACCAAGCUGCAGUGCAUGCUGGAGAGCAAACAAGAACGCAUCGCUGCUCUCGAGAGGCAGGUGGAGGAUUUGAUGCAGGACCGCAAGUUCCUGAGGAGCCAGAUUGAAAACCUCACAAGUAACCGCUCCAUGCCAGCGUUUGCUGCCCCCAGUCCUGUGACUGAAACUCCCAAGCUGAGCAGAGUGCAGCAUUCAGAAAAUAAAUCUCGAAAGAGAGAAAGAGCUUCUUCUAGUUCCUCCACCAGCAGCGACAGCGGCUCUGAGGCAUCCGACUCAUCGGAAGUGUCUGCAGCAUCUAGUGAACACAGACGCAAGAAACACCACAAGGAUAAGAAAAGAUCAAAGAAAGGGAGGGACUACAGCAGGAAACGAGCCACCGGAGUCCAGUACGUCAUUCACCGCUACAAACAAGUCCUGUCCGCUUUCAUCAAGAAGAAAAGCAUGAGCGAAGCGUUCCGCCAUCUUGGAAUCGACCGGAACACCAUCGCCAACACGGCAUCAAUUGCCGAGCUCCACCUGGCGGGUAAAGACAUGGUCUCCUUGGUUGGCAAUUUUCGCCAAGGGGAAGAGACUCUGGUGAGCUACGCCCAAAGGUGCACUUUGGUCAUCGACAGCGACACUGACCUGUCCAGGAAAAUAGACCAGAUGAAAGCCAACGGCGAGCUUCUGCCCAUCUCGGGGAAAAGGUCAAGGUUGUUGCAUUCUCACCUGCCGCAGCUAGGUGGUCCUGCAGAGAGCAUUUUAAUAGGUUGAUGAAACUGGUGUUAAGAGGUGAUGGCUUGUGACGUAGAAGAACACGCAAAAUGACAGCUUGAAGGAACCCCAACCCCACCCUCAAAUCCUGUUGGUUAUUCAUCCAGUGACGCAGGGCAAAGCAGACAUCUUUGGGCCAAAAAAAGGAAAAAAAAAUCACUUGAAGGGGACUGGGUACAUGCAGACAAAUAACUUAGACAGUGAAUGCAUCACAAUAUGUUUCAGAGACGAGCUUGGAUUUCAUCCAAACGCCACACGAAUCAGCAUCAUCUCAGCGGUGGCUGUUUGUCCCCAGAUGUAUUUCAGCAUGAGUGAUUCAUUUGCAGGUCCUCUGGGUCUUUUGGGGUUUAAUGAUAGGGAAAAAAUGCGUAGAUUAUUUUAAAAGAAGAAGAAGAAAGCGGAGGAGUGAAAUGACUAAAAUGCCACUGGCCAUUAACCGCUGAUCAGAGCUGUCGUAUUAUCUGGAAACACAGACAGAUGUGAGGUUUAGCCAAGAGGGAAAUGCGAGUGUCUUUCAUGAUGACAGUAGAAAGCCAGUCAGAAAAGGCAAUGAAAGAAAGACGUGUGUAACAUACAGCAUCUCUGGUAUUUCUCUGAGUGUUUGCAGUUUUUCAUGGAGGAGGGAUUUUUAUCAUAUUAGCAGCAGCGGAUCUUUCCUUCAACUUGACCUUUGUUAUGAUAACACAUGUUAAUUUCACAGUGCUGGUUUUUCCAGUCUGUCUGUUUUCACACAUUGCAUGUUCCCUUUAUGGA